AUGAAGGAAAGUUCUAUUAAGUUGAUCCAGAUUGCAUGCGCGAUCAUUUGGUGCUUGUUCGCUGCUGGUCCAAUCUUCGGGUUCGCAGCUCUCAAGCCUAUCUUGGUAGACCAAGGAGUAUACUCGGAGUUGUGCCGCCCCGAAGGAAACGCCUUCCAAACCACCAAAGUGAAUGAUCCCUCGGUACCUUGUACAGCUCAGGACCUGAAGCUGAACUUCAUGUUCACGGUGGGAGCGGGUACCACAAACGUAGCGGCACUUUUAGUCGGUUGGGUGCUGGACUUGAAAGGGCCUAGAGUGUGCGGCUUCGUCGGAUCUGCAUUACUUGCAUUAGGGUCUUUGAGUCUCGCUUGGAGCCAUAAAAUUUCGCUGUUGGACCCCUACAUUACUGGUUACACCCUGCUUGCCAUUGGCGGGCCUUUCGUGUUUAUCUCAACGUUCCAACUGGCCAACAGCUUCCCUAAGCGCUCUGGUACCAUAUUGGCUCUUAUCACGGGCGCUUUUGACACAUCUUCGGCAUUGUUUUUCUUCUACCGGCUCUCUUACCAGAACUGGACUCCCGACUUGACUCUGAAGAAAUUCUUCACAGGAUACCUGAUUGUUCCUGUUUUUAUUUCCGCCUGCCAGCUUCUUGUUAUGCCAAAAGAGUCUUACAAGUCGCUUGGCGCGGUGCAAAAAUUGGAAGUUGAAGGCCUAGACAUGGAAGGCAAUCUUCCCGAAGGCGAGGACGGUUCCCACAUCAUUCCGGAUGAGAACGAGAGGCAGUCUUUACUUUCCGCUCAUUCCUCGAGCAUUCGGCCGGUGCUUUCAAACUCUCGCCGCAAGUCUGUAUGGGAGAACUAUGUUGAGGCCAAGUUGGAGAAGAAGACCAAUGGUAUUUUCGGAGUUUUGCACGGACUUCCUGCCAAAAAGCAGAUAAAAAGCCCUUGGUUUGUAUUGAUGUUGGCGUUUACGGUUGUCUGCAUGCUCAGAAUCAACUACUUUGUAGCCACCGUCAGGUCCCAGGAGGAGUAUCUUCUAGGGAGUCACAAGAAAGCCGAGAAGAUGAACGCCAUCUUUGAUGUUGCGCUGCCGCUCGGAGGUGUUGUAUCCAUCCCAUUUAUUGGACUUGUGCUGGAUAACUGCUCAACAUUGACAGCAAUGGCAACUGUGGCAGUUAUCUCUGUAACCAUUGGUGUGCUCGGGUUGUUACACUCUUUUACCUUAAACUUGCUGGGAAUAUUAAUGUUGGUUGCCUACAGACCAUUCUACUAUACUGUUGUUUCCGACUACUGUGCUAAGGUCUUCGGAUUUGACACAUUCGGUACUGUCUACGGGUUACUCAUGUGCAUUUCCGGUAUACUCAACAUGUCGCAAAGUCUUUUGGAUAAGACAACACACAAGACUUUCAAAAUGAACCCCACUCCGGUAAACCUAAUUCUUGUUUCUUUGACUGUGAUUACUUCGUCUAGCCUACUUUACUUUGUGAGGCGGGAAAGCAAAGCUCGACUAGAGAGAAUGCACACCCUACAGCAACUGGGUAUGACCCAAGAAUCUUCUGAGGACAGUCAAUUAGAGUACGGAACUUAG